AUGUCCAUGCAAGCGCUGAACGGUCAACCGCCGCAGCGGCGUUCAUCGCUGCUGCAACGUUACCAACCGAAAGGCGGCUCGCAGGACCCGUUGACUAGCCCCGCCCUAGACACUCCGCCCAACAUCGUGAAGUCAACGAGUCAGCGAAGUCUGCAGAACUCGUCGCUACUGCAGCGCUACACACCGAAACCACUCGGGAGCCAUGGUGCCAGUGGAUCGACACGUCCCGAGUCUGGCAGCUUCUACGAACCGCCGAAAAAAUCCUCCAGCCAGCGUAGUCUCGAUCAGUCGAAAUUGCUCCGCAGGUACUACCACCAGCCGAACUCGCUAGACGAUCAGCCGCAGGAUUUUGAAACUUCGUCACAGACGGGUGGAACCACCGCUAGUAACGAACCACAGCGCUACAGUAGUCAGAAGAGCUUGGAAAAUUCGAAGCUACUGCAGCGGUACAACCCGAUCAACAAUUCGCAGGAGUUUACGGGACUGUCCGGUAGAGAGAGCACACCGGUGACAAAGUUUUCGCGCGGUGGAAGUCUUGAGCCGGAGCGCGUGCAACGAUCCUCACUGCUCUCGAAGUAUACGCCGCGCUUCGGUAAGUCUCUAGAUCGUCACCAGACCCUAGAGACUAGUCGUGGUUACGGAGGGUACAGCAGUCAACAAAAUCUGCGAAAUCCCCCACCAACUGCGCCGGAGUCGAUGCCGCAGAGUCUGGCCGCUUCACAGAGCGAGUUCGCCGACUAUGGUACGGACCACUUCGACCAGUACCAGAACAUUCGCAGCCGAUCGUCGAGUCUUUCGCGCGGAGGUCCAAGAAGAGGCGUACAGCGAGGUUCCCAGAGGAUGCUGUCGACCGAAUCGGAACCAGAUCCGAUUACGCCCGACACGCUACCGGUGGUGACGGCAGUAGCUGAACCAGUUCUGGGAAACAUUGCAUCAGCAUUACCAUUGCCCAUGGUGGGUAUUAUACCACCAACACCGGCCCCCCUAGAGGUUAGUAAGCAACCCAGCUUCGGAACACAACAGCAGGUUCCUCCAGCCCGAGCUCAGGAUCACCUUCUAUCGCCCGUGAUUACGCCGCAAGCCGGCAAUACAACCACAGCGGCACAACCAUCGCCGACUCCGCCCGUCAAACCGGCUCGCAAAGAUCUGCAACAAAUGGCGGCGGCAGCAGCGGUGCUACCACCGGCCAACAUCGUGAGUAUAGCCAUUCCCUCCAUCACGAAGACACUCGCCGCACCAUCCGUCAAGCAAUCCGUAUCAUCAUCGAAAGAACCAUCACCGCCAUUGUUCAGCACCCGAGAUCGCAUGGAUCAUUACGGAAGCGCUUCGAAUCCUGACCCUCCAUCGCACGCUCAUCCACGAUCACCGACCACGACGACACCGACAAAUACCUGGACACAAUCGCCCAAGGGCACGUUGACGCUUGGAAAGACUGCGACCUUACAGCUACCGCUCAGCGACAUGAGCAGUCGCCGUAGUAUGACCGAUCUGCAGCACAUUGGUGGCCGCGGUUCCACCGGCAAUCUGUCGAGCGAGUUGGAAAUUUCGGAGUUUACCGAUCGUGCCGAAAUGAAGCAACUUGCCGCCCAGCACCAUCAUCCCGUGAAGCAUACGCUGGCAAGUGCAUUUGAGCAGCUGGCCGCACUCACCAUCCCGCAGGCAAUGAAAACUGAGGCGGAGCUAGAGGAGGACGAGCGCAUUGAAGCGAUCCCACCGGAUCGCAAACUGAAGAAGCGUGACUUCACCUACCAUCCUUCAUUCGUGCCGAAGCAGCAGCAACAGCAGCCAGUUACGACCAUUCCGAUCCCUACGAUCGAUUCUCGGCACAGUACGGGAAGUGUGGGCAGCAAAUCGAAACAGCAGGAAGCGGAAGAGAAGCGCCUGAAAGCGGCCGAAGAGAAGCGCAAACGGGAGGACGAACGUCGCCUGAAGGAAGAGGAAAAGCGUCGCAAAGAUGCAGAAAAACGAGCGCACGAUGAUGCGGAAAAGCGUCGCAAAGGGGAGGAAAAACAUCUACGCGAGGAGGAAGAUCGUCGUCGCAGGGAAGAAGAACGUAAACACAAGGAGGAGGAAAAACAUCUGCGGGAAGAAGAAGAUCGCCGUCGUAAGGAAGAUGAGCGAAAGCACAAAGAGGACGAAAAACGUGCCCGCGAGGAUGAAAAACGUCGCCUGGAGGAAGAAAAGCGAAAAGACAAGGAGGAGAAGAAACGACUCAAGGACGAAAAGAAGAAAACUGCGGCAGCACUCAAAGCGGCCGCUUCAGGCGCAGCAGGUUCGGUUGCUACCGACGAGUCCAAAGAUCCGGAAGAAGAAACGAUUGAUCUCGCAAGUCAUCUGGAUCACUACAGUGUGGCCGCCUCAAAGCAGGUGCCACCGGCGCAGCGUAGUCUUUCGCUCGGACGUCCUCGUUCCGGUGGAACGCCUUACGGUAGUCAGGGUGCACUAGGAUACUCAGCACGUGGCCUAUCCAACAGUCACCAGAGUCUCGAUCGCAAUGGGUCUACCUCAUCAGUGCCACGACAGUCGAAACUGCUGCAGCGUUACGGGCCCAAGGCUGGAUCGCAGGAAGUGAUCAGUAGUGGAGCAUUGGAACCAUCUUCCCGGGAGUUCCACAGGAGUCAGGGUAGCUUGGACUAUCGCAAACCCAUGCGGCCGUCGCUGCUCGAUAAGUAUACACCGCGUCCGUUGAGUGCCUCGACUGCACCGGGAUCAACUGCAGUUGCAGCAGCUCAGCCGAGAUCCAUCAGUCAGCGUAGCCUGGAAGCCGGUAGCUCGAGGCUCGAGAGUUCUGCGCUCUUGCAACGCUACAAAACGAAAGGUGAUGCGGCAAGAACAACUCUCGGCUACGAUCAGUACGAUCAUCGUGAUCACGAGUACGAGCCCAUUGGAGAACCGGUCGAUGCCGGCAAGCCAUCCACCAAGGAUGGAUUGUUGGCCGUGUCCAGCAAUGCUCAGCAGCAACCGGACGGUCAGGAUCGUAAGCUGUCCAACGCUUCGUUCCUUCGCGUCCCGGGCAACGAUGAGGGCGAUACGAUCAGCAUGGAGGAGCUCCAAAAGUCAAUCGAAGAUCGCUACUUUAAUCUUCCCACAGAUGCUGCAGCUCCCGAAGGUGCGGAAGGUACCGCUGCCGCAUCUGUCGCAUCGGAACCACCGAACGAGAAGACAAGCAAAGUGAAGGCGGCGAUGACGAAGGCUCAAAACAGCGGAAAACAGGCGAUGGCUAAGGCACAGGAAAGUGGCAAACAGGCAAUGGCCCGUGCACAGGAAGGUGGCAAAACGCUACAGAAGAAGCUAAUACAGCAGACCGAUCGUUUCAAGACGAAGAUGUCCAACAUUAAGCUAAAGAGCAGCAAAGAAGUGGCUCCACUAGCAAGUCCGGAGAUAGUAACAACUCCCGAGUUGGAGAAGUUGGACUUUACGCUAGCCGUUCCCAAGGAUGAAGGACAGCCCGCUCAGGAGCCAGUUGCCGAAGCAUCCGUCGUACCGACGGAGGAAGCUUCAGCCGUAACUGGAGAGGAUGAAGCCGCCCCGACAAAGAGUGGCAAUAAAUUUGGAAAGCUUAAGAACAUGCACAUGCCGAAGCUUCAGAAGCCUGAGUUCAAGCGCCCGGAGUUUACGAAAAUCUCCAAACCAAAGAUGCCCAAGCUGAAGACACCCGAUAUGUCCAAGUUCAAGCGACCGGAGAUGCCCAAGUUCCUUACCGAGAAGCCCGACUUUAGCAAGAUGAAGUCGGACUUGGCGAAGAUUAAGCUCUCGCGCAGUAAAUCCAUGAAGGAACCGUCUCCAUCCGGUGCAACUAGCGCAGCGUCACCUUCCGACGCUUCGAUGAUGGGCGAGUCGGUUACAUCCCCCACCAAAGUGAACUAUACCGACUUCAGUACGUAUCCACGCAUUUUCGAUAAGUUUAAGCGUCAAAAGUCGGCUCCAAGUGGACAGGCUAGCGUUCGUGCGGGUACACCACCUCCGCUCGAGUUUACCAAGGCAGCAAAGACAACGCGUCCCAAGGGAACGUCCCUGGUGUCGCGCUGGACGUCCGAAAAGUCGGAAGACACAGACAGCAACCGUUUCCUGCAGUACACCGGUAGUGAGCUGGAUGAGCGCGAAACGUCCGUCGAGCGUCGCAUGCGCCAGGAACUGGAACGGGCCGAGUUCGAAGGUCCAGAGCUGGCCGUAACAGAGGAGCAGAAGCAGCUCGAGGAGUAUGACAAAGAGAACCGCGAAAUUCAUCUGCUAUCGGCGGCUCGGCACGAAGAGUUCCUGAAGCGCAAGCCACCGAUGGAACGGCAGGAGUCAGAUCUUGCCUCGGAAGAGGAGAAACAAUUCUGGGCCAGCUCCCUUGGUCAGAAGAUUCGCCAGAAUAUCGACAUGAACAGCAACGAUCUCGACUUCCUGGACGAGGAGGAACGUCUGAUGGUGGCCAAGGAAGAUGAAGCCAUCGAUCAGGAGGCACGCGAACAGGCACGUUACUUGCUGGAGUUGAGCAAGCAGCGCACCGAAAAGGAGCUGGAACGCCGGUCGUCCACACCGUACACGAACCAAGAGUGUCAGUCCUCGGGCAGUUCCAGUGUGCGCCGUCGCAAGGGUGUGCUGGAGGAGAUCGAUGAUGAUGAGUUCUUCCUACGCCAGAAGGGUAUUUCGAAGGACAACAUCCAGAUGGGCGAGUACAUCAGUUCCGCCAUUAAGGAGGGUUUGAGCCAGCCAAAGAAUGCGCUGGCAGACCUCGAUCGCUACGAUUACUACGAUGAAGAGCUAGACCGAGAUCAGGAUGGUAUGCGCAGGUACUACCAACCGAGCUUCGAAUCGGACGACGUUUCCAAUCAACAGAGCUCCUUCACAGACGAGUACCGAAGUGGUAAGGGUGCUGACUUCUAUCGCACCUUCCCACCGGAUCGUCCGAACCGUAAGCCAAAAAAGGCAACAGAUCAAACCGUCCCACAGGAGGAUCAGGACUAUGGACUAGAGGACGAAGAAGAAGAAGAAGACCUUGGAUUCCUUGAUCGCCAGCGCACCAAGUACGGCAGUGAACAACCGCAACUGCUGCAAUCGGCUGCCGCACGCUACAUGGACGACGAAGACGACGGAUCAGCAAUCGGUGGUUCCCUGCCACGGCAGGCCAUGCUGGCCGGUACGGUUGUUCCGCCGACUCCACCAACACGUCAUCGCAAGAAGCGCUUCCGUGAUGUGACACCAUCGGACGUAGGACCAUCAUCAUUCACCAACGGCGGUUUCGCCGUAGGAAAGUCCAUCUCCAAUAACUUCAUCUCCGGACCACCUCCCACGACUACAAUGGCUUACCGUGCGGAAGUGCCACUCGCUCGGGAGGAAAGCUUUGGUACGAUCCCAGCACCGACACCGCGACGUUCACGCUCACGAUCUCAGAUUUUCAAGGCGCUCGACGAUGACGAUCGCGUUUCACGUGGCGCUGAGUCUCUGAUAGGAGGAAUUAUCGAUCGAUCGCCUGUCCCAGGUAGGGACUCCUAUUCUUACGAAAUUUCCGAAACCAAUGGAUAUGCCACUGUACGCAAAGAAGCACCACCGCGUCCACCGGCACCGAUUCGACGUCGAAAGUCGACUAGAUCGCUCGACGCACCACCACCGCGGCAGUUCAACACGCUACCCAACUACCAUCACUCAGUGUCGCCCGUGCGGCCACAGCGCAACUACAGCACCAUUAACCCGAACCGUCCACCACGCAGGAAGUCCGUCACCAGCCUGACCGGUGAGCAGCAACUGAAAUCGUCCAGUCUUAGCAAGGACGACGUGGCGCAGUAUGAGGACGUGAUCGAUCCGGCGCCUCCACUGGGACCCAAGCCUCCCCUGCACUCGGGUGACGUUGCGAACAAGAUGAAGGAUCGUCCACUGCCACCUCCACCGCGUCCCACGCGUAAACCACGUCGCCCAGACGGUAGUGACCAUCACGAUCUCGAUGGAGGAGCCGAAAGAAUGGUGUUUUCCGUGCACGAUACCUCCAUCGAAGAGGUAGAGACGGCCACCCAAACCGAUCCAGUCUCGGAAGACUUUGGGUUGGACGCGGAAAUAGCGGCCGUUACGGAACGAGCAGCCCGGGCACACGAUGGGGAACAGUUAGAGGGCGCACUGAACCGAUUCCGGGAAGGUAACGCGAAGGCACUCUCCGAGCGUCCAAAAUCAUCGCGCUCUGGUAGUCGUCCGGAGACACCGGCCUCAAUUCUGAUCGAGCGAAAGGUAUCGACUCCCUCGCUAAACCAUGAAUCUAUCGUGGAGGCAUCGCUGACAGUGCAGCCGCUGGAAGAGUUCGAUGACGAUCAGUACAUUGCGGAACUGGUGAAGAAGUACGUCUCGGAGGAGCGCAAACCCGAACCACGCAAGACAGACACAUUCGAGCGACGGUUCCGCAAGAGCACAAACAGCUUAACGCGCGAGGACGAAAUUCGUCCGGUCGAAGUGAGCAACACACUACGGACCCCAACGAUGCGCUCGUCGCGCACCUCCGUAGAUGGACGACUGUCUGCAACCACUCCAGAACCUUUACGCAACGUCGAGAUUGCACCCAACGUGAUCGAAGAGAUUGUGGAGCGACUGCGUACGACGGAACAGCAGCACAUCGAUGAGCUCCACAAACGCCACCAGCAGCAGUUGGAAGAUUUGCGCCUCCAGCACGAAGAUCAGAAGCGGCUGCAGGAACAAAAGCUCGAGGAACAGCAGCGCCAGCUGCUCGAACAGCAGAGUCAACAGUUGCUUCAGACGCAGCAGCUCAAAGAGCAGAUCUUGCAACAGCAAGAGCACCAGAAGAUGUUGCUAGCACAGCAGCAGAAUCAGCAGCAGCAAUUACUUGUGGCACAGCAGCAGCAACAGCUCUUGAUGGAACAGCAAGAAAAGGAGCGCGAGCUGCAGCGUGAAAAAGAACGCGAACUGCUAAAAGAGCGUGAGCAAGAGCUAGAACGCGCCAGAGAGCGCGAACGAGAGCUGCAUCUAGCACGAGAGCUGGAGCUGCAGCGUGCCCGAGAAAUUGAGCAGCAGCGUGCUCGUGACCUGGAACAGCAAAGGAUACGCGAAAUAGAGAUACAGCGGGCACGGGAGCUCGAGCACCAACGGCUACGUGAGCUCGAGAUUCAGCGAGCGAUCGAAGCGGAACAAGCCCGCCAAAGAGAGGUUGAGCUGCAACAGCAGAAGGCGUCAGUCGUGCAGGCAGCUUCGAAAGAAACCAAAGAUCUACCGCUUACCAACGAAGGAAAUGCCCAGCAGGUAGAAUCAACUAAACUGGAUGAACCUUUGACAACUGCCCCGCAGGUAGAUGGCGCACCAAUCGCUGCCUCGGUGGACGUUGUAGAUGGAGCCGCUGCUCUGUCAACUCCAUCCAGCCUGCAAACGGAUCAACCUCCGAUUAGACCUCCGCUGCCUCCAAUGACGGCACCAUUCGUCUAUCAUCCAGACUUUUUGUCCUAUCACGGUGUUCCACCGUCAUCGGCAGCUGCCUCUUAUCUAUUACGCGGCGUACCAUCGGAUGAGGAUCUCGGCAUGACACCAUCAGCACCGCAGCGCCGCCGCCGUCACCAUCGCUCGAAACGGGAAUCCACCUCGGAGGAGGACUUCCAGCGGGAACAACGUCGCCAACGACACGGUACCCGUUCACCGGAACCCUCCAUCCCGACGCUCGGUGGACAGCUGGUGCGAGCGUGUGGUUCCUCUAUCCGACAGACUGGGGAUGAUCUGAUGGCGAUGCUGCGCGCUAGCAGCAAAGACGAAAACAAGCGCGAUCUCCACAUUGCCAUCAUCAUACUGAUCGUGAUCGUGGCGGGUUUGAUGGCACUCGGCAUGAGCGGUGAAAAGGCGGUUCAUCAUCAUCAUUGGGACUACUUUAGCCCACCGGGGCACGGUAGCAGUGCGUAG